GAUUUUAGGAUUAAUCUCGUGGCUUACAUGCCUUUCUGAAAGGGGAUCCUAAAUUACUACCAUGUCAAAUUUGGUGCUUGUACCACAAAAUGCGUCGUCGGAAAUAUCAACCUAACCGGCUCCACUAUUAGUUCAUAUUAAAAGAAAGGAGUUUUUGUUGAUUCAAAGAAAACAAGAAACUGUUGUGAUGGGCUUAAUUAUUUUAAGGACUGACUUCAUUUUCUCAGGUCUGGAAGGAGCUAAAGCGAUGAAAGUGACAUCUAUGGGUUUGCAGGCCAUCCAAAAAGCUGCCGGAGACAGCAUGAUACUAAACUGCAGCUACACUCCAGGUCCAUUAGACACUGGAGAGCUUGACAUCGAAUGGUCUGUGGUGAGUCCGGACAGCACGCAGAAAGAUCAAAUGCUCUUGUCGUACGGGAGCAGCACACAGUACCAGCAUGAUGACCGUCCCUUGUCAGGGGGACUGAGCUUCGCUGCAGGUGACCCCUCCAAGGGUGAUGCCUCUCUGUUGAUCGACCAGCUGUCACCUGCUCACAGCGCCACCUACCAGUGCAAAGUGAAGAAGUUACCAGGGGUGGACAUGCAGAAGACGUCACUGGUGGUGAUGGUGAAGCCAUCUGUGCCAGAGUGUUGGUUACAGGGCGAGCAGCUCUUCGGAGAAGACGUGUCGCUGCACUGCCAGUCUGCCAAAGGCUCCACUCCCUUAAGAUACACAUGGAGGAGAGAAAGCAUGGGUCCCAUGCCUGCUGCUGCCACGCAGAACAGCGUUACUGGCGAGCUGAGGCUCAGCAACCUCUCACAGAGCUUCGCCGGUACCUACCUUUGUGAGGUGAACAAUGCUGUUGGAGCUCAGCGCUGCAGGAUCAACCUGAAAGCCAACAAGCCUCCAAACAGAACUGGGGUGAUCGUCGGCACCCUUGUUGGCUCUCUCCUCCUCAUCUUCAUCCUGCUCGUCUUCCUUGUGCUUCUUUACUGGAAGCUGAGAAACAGACUUUACAAUGAGAAAGAGUUCUCCAACGAGAUCAGGGAGGACGCGCUGCCUCCUGACAGGCGCUCGGUGAGUGUGUACUCAGGACGGACCUCCAGUGGACCACCUUCGGUGCCUUACUCUGAGGUGUACACUGACGACGCAAGCCCCUUUGAUGAGGGAAGCACACGAACUCCCCCCAGCAGCAGCCAUGACACUCCGGUCAAACACACUGCACUGAAAAAUGACAGCAAGUAUGGAUUUGCAGUGUGAUCAGAAACAGACAUAAACCAUGAAGGCUUUGCCUUUAUGUGUCACAAUGAAAUGAGGUUUCAGGGUGUUUGGAAGUCAACAAAACUGGACCACUUUGUCAAAGAAGAAAAGAAACAAUUGAACAAUAUUCUAAAGAAGGAAAAAAAAUACACAUCCAUAUAAUUUUUUUUCUUCUUUUUUUUCUCGAGUGUGUAAUUGUUACGAUUUUCAAGUGAAUCCUUGGUGUUAAAGUCAUAAGUUGCC